AGACAAUAAUGAAAAUAAAUUCAAUUUAUUAUAAUAAUGACUAUGUUUUAUGAUGUCUAUGGAAUAUGGACAAUACUACUUUUUACACAUAAUUAAAAGGUCUUAUACACCUUACUUAUCAUUACAAGAAGUAUAAUGUGGUUGUGGUUAUGCUUCAGUAUAAGGUCUAUGUUAUGCUUACGCUUAUGCAGUAAUCACUAUUCUCUAAUCUGUGAAUCAGACAUCAGUCGACCAGUAAUCACUAUUCACUUCACCAAUGGCACAAUUCGAAUAUUCAAUAGCAAAUAAUUUUUAGAUCUGAAUUAAACAAUAAUAAAGCUUAGUAUAAUAGUAUCUAAUUUUGUAUUUAAUGAAUGAGAGAUGAUUUAUUUCUGAUGAUUUAAAAUAAUAUUAUUUAUAUUUUUAAUAAUAUAUUAUUAUACUGUACAUUUUAUUAGAUUCUUUGAUAAAAACUAUAAGAUUAUAAGAUUAUCAUAUUAUAAUUUAUAUCUAUUGCAGAUUAUUUGUUAUUAGGGUUAUUUCCCAUUAAUUAGGCUAAGUUAAAGCAACUUAUAGUUUGUAAUUGAAUUUUCAAAAUUAGGUAUAUUCAAAAUGCCCAAGAAGUUUGUUGGCAUGAACUCAAAAGCUAUGGAAGCCAAAGCUCGAAAAGAUGCUAUUAAGCAAGAAGCAGAUGCUAAAAAAAAAAAGGCGAUAGAAGAUGAAUUUUGGAAAGAUGAUGACAAGAACAAUAUCAAAAAACAAAAAAGAAAGGAGGAAAAGGAGAAAAAAAAAAUUGAUCAAAUAGAAAAAAAACGAGAAGCCCAAUUAUUACUGGAAACUGAGCUCAGUGAAAUCAAGACAACGCAAAUAAACCAAAAAAUCACUAGGCAUCAACUUAUGAAAGAACUUGAUACUCCGCCAACUCCUAAGGAACAACCAACAUUGGAUGAAGAAAGUUCAAUAGAAGAAAACUUGAAUCGUUUGACUAUGCAUGAUGAAGAAGCACGAACAGUUGAUGAGGCUCUCAAUAUGCUGAAUCCUACUCAAAAGUUGUUGGAUAAACAUCCCGAAAAAAGACUAAAAGCAGCAUAUACUGCUUUUGAAGCAGAAAAUUUACCAAGAUUGCGUAUUGAAAAUCCAUCUAUGCGUCUUUCUCAAGUAAAACAACUAAUGAACAAAGAAUGGAUGAAAUCACCGGAUAACCCUAUUAAUCAGAGAUAUUCCAAUAAAAAUUAAUUUGAACUUCUUUUGAUAAUACAUAUGACAUAUAGAUAAUUAUAAGUAGGUGUUAGUAAUUCCUUGAAAUAAAAUGUGAUUAUUUACCUACUAUAAAUAUGUUAAUACAAUACUAUGUACAAUGUAACAAAAAUGUAUUAAUUUCAAUUUUGAAUAAAAUUGGAACUAUGAUAAUUACGAAUACGAUAGGUUAAUAAACUUUUUUAACAUUUGUUCUAUGA